AUGGCCUCCGACGACCUCUUCGACGGCCUGCCUCCGCCCGCCGCCGCCCCGGCCGGCGGCGGAGCUGACGCGGCCUCCCUCGCUCCGCCGCCGCCUCCUCCUCCUUCGGCGCCAGCGCCGGCACCGAAGCCCGCGCUUAAGAGCUCCCUCAAGCGGAGCAAGCCCUCCCCCUCCGCCGACGCUACUACCUCUUCCCCAUCGGCCCCCGCGGCUGCCGCGCCGGAAUCCCAUGUCCCCGAGAAACGUCUUCGGUUCAGAACAACCGUUGAUGCAUCAGAAACACAAGUGAUUGAGGCUAUGCAGAAGAUAGCUUCACACAUAGGGAAUACUUCUAAAUUCAGCAAGGCAUCAAAACUAGCUUUGCAACUUAUCGAGGCUGGAAGUGUCAAGCCUGGAACAAUCGGUCAUUUCUUUGCUAUACUAGAGGCUGCGAUGUCUUCACCGGGAGCAUGCAAUGAGCCUUCUGUACGAGCAGACUACCACAAAUUGUUUGAUGCUGCUCAGGGUGUAACAGAGUUAUUCAACCAACAGCAGAAAAAACAAUUUGACAUAUGGGUGCUGCAUGCAGUGGUGGCUAAUGAUCUUUUCACUGAUGACAGUUUUGUGUUCUCAAAGGCUGUAGGAAAGAUCAAAGAUGCAAUCUCAACCCUGCCAGUGGCAACAGUGGAUGAUGACAACGAUGAAGCUGCGGCUCUUGCUGCUGCAAGCAAAACUGAUGCAGUGACGGACAACAAAACAGAUCAUGGUGUUCCAGCUGCAGCUUCUGACUCUGUGGCAGAUGAUAGCACACAUGCGGUAGCCUCAGAGCCAGGAGAAGAAUCUUCUGAUCCUUUCGGUUUAGAUGGUCUUCUUGAGCACAAGCCGAAGAAGUCUGAGAGAGCUCGAGAAAAGGCAGUCGCAGCUCUGAACAGAAAAGCAGACGAGGAGGAAGCAAAGAGAUUUCUCAAGUCACAGCGGGAGGCCCUUCUGAAAUGCCUGGAAAUAUCCGCUCGGCGCUACAGAAUCCCAUGGACGCAAACCGCCAUUGACGUCUUUGCGAAGCACGCGUACGAUAACGCGGCCCGGUUCACACGGCAGCAGCGGGACGCGAUCGUGAAGCUGUGGAACUCGAUCAAGGAGCAGCAGAUCCGGCGGAAGCAGGGCAAGUCGGUGAGCGGGAAGCUGGACGUGAACGCCUUCGAGUACCUCCAGGAGAAGUACUCCCACGAGAAGAUCAGCAUCCGGCACAGCGUCAGCGGUGGCGGCGAGCGCCGCGCCACUGCGUGGCUCGGCUAG